AUGGCCUCCAAAAAGUCCAAGGCCGCCCCCACUGCCGACGACAACCUCGACGAGCUCUUCUCAGGCAUCGGCGACGACUCCAAGGCCAAGAAGCCCCCCAAGAAGCCCACCUCGGCCGCCGCCGCCGCAAAGGCCAUUGGCAACGACGACAUACUCGCCGACCUCGAGUCCGAGCUGGCCCCCCAGCCCGCCUCCCGCCCGCACACGCCCCGUCUCAAGGAGGCCAUUGCCCGCCGCUCCACGGCCACGCCCCCCAUUGGCGACGACAGCAACAAGGGCGGUGCCGCCGCGGCGCGCAAGUCCACCGACAGCUCGCAGAGCCUCAAGGCCAGCUUCACGCCCAGCGCUACGAGCUCCGAGCUCCACGAUGCCGAGAGGCAGCAGCCGCAGUCGCAGCAGCAGCAGCAGCAGCAGCAGCAGUCCGGAGGCGGCUGGUGGGGGGGCAUCCUGUCGACGGCGACCGGGGUCGUUAAGCAGGCCGAGGCUGCGUACAACCAGAUCCAGCAGAACGAGGAGGCCCGGAAGUGGGCUGAGCAGGUCAAGGGCUUGAGGACCGGCAUCGACGUCAACACACUCAAGAGCUAUGGCGACGAGCUUCGCAACCGCGCUCUGCCAACGCUAUCCAACAUCAUCAACACCAUCGCUCCCCCCAUCGGCUCUCACGAGCGCCUCCUCAUCCACAUCACCCACGACCUCGUCGGCUACCCGUCCCUCGACCCCCUCAUCUACGAUGUCUUCGCCGACGUCAUGCAGCAGGUCGAAGGCGGUGACCUCAAGGUCGUUCAGAGGGGCCACGACAGCGGCUCCUCGCGGGCUCACGACAACACCGCCGGCUGGGACGACGGCCCCUGGUGGAGACAGGUCGACCAGCCCCGCGAGCUGGGCGUCGUCAAGGGCCUCGUUGAAGGCACCAAGCUCUGCCGCGUCAAUGCCGAGUCGUACGCGACCGAGUACUUUGCCUCGCAGGGAGGCAUUGACGCCGUCAAGGCCAAGGCGAGGUCAGGCGUCGUCGAGCCCGGCUCCGUCCGGACGUCGGAUGUGUUCUUGUCUGUUCAGGCCAUCGUCACUGAUCAGGACAAGACGCUCUUUGGCCGGACUGCGGCCGCGGCCAAGGAGAAGAAGGAUGCCGACGAGGAGGAAGAGAACGAGGACGAGUUCCGAUUCGCCAUCUUCAUUGUCGAUCCGGUUCACGAGAUCGAAUAUGCCACCAUCAGCCAGCCCAUCCCCGCCAAGUGGGCUCGCUGGCUCGAGGCCCCUAGUCCCUUAACACCCCAGUCUGGAGAUGACGAUGCCGCGGGCUCUUCGCAUAGCCGCAUCCAUGAGGAUAUCCGGAGCCUUGUCGAGGAGGGCGAGCUCGAUCCCAGGGAGUGGGUUGCCGGGUGGCUGAAGGAUUCGCUGACGCUUUCUGUGGGCAUUGUAGCGCAGUGGUAUGUGGCUCGCCGUAUGCAGGUGGGUGUGAAGCAUGCUGCUGCGAAGGCGGCAGAGAAGAAGGUUGAUGACGAUGAUGACGAGGAAGAGGAAGAGGAGGAGUCUGAUGAGGAGUAA